AUGGACCUCACUAAUUACUACGAACUCAAACACCAACCUCACAACCUGCGGCUGUUGCCGGACAGUCUGGGAGGGGCGGGGCUCACAGGCGCCGGACGGGCGGGUGCAGACGGGAUCCGAGGGGCGGAGUUAGACGAUCACAUGGCCAUGCCUCUCUCCUCGUGCUCCUCCUCUUCCUCGGUCGCUGCGUUGGGUCGGAGCAGGAGUCCGCUCCGAGCUGCGUCCCGUCAGAGCGCAGUGUCCGCGGGUGAGGCCGCCGCCCUGCUGCCGCAUCACUUCCUGGACGGAGCCCCGCCCAAAACAGCUGUGAUCAGUGGAGCGGACGGGCGACAGAGUGACCAUCACCUAGAGGAGCUAUACAAAGAGAGGAACCAGCUGCUGGGGGAGAUCGACCGGGAGGAGAGAGAGCGCUGCUGGUACUUCAGCCAGCUGGAGGCGCUGUCCCAGAGACUGGUCCAAGUGCCCCGCAUCGACACAUUCUCCCUGCAGAUGGACCUGAUCCGGCAGCAGCUGGAGUUCGAGGCUCAGCAGCUUCGAUCUGUGAUGGAGGAACGAUUCGGCUCCAGUGACGAGAUCGUCCACCGGACGCAGGUGCGUGUUGCUCGUCUGGAGCAGCUGGAGACGGAGCUGCAGGAGACCAGGGGCAGUCAGGAGAGUCAGCUGCAGCUGUCUGGAGCUGAGAAGCCCCCUGCUGGUGAACCGGAGAACUCGUCAGCUGCAGCAGCGGCAGGAUCAGACGCUCCUGCAGACGGAGGCAGCAAGGUGGAGAUGGUCUUCUGGUUGCUGUCCAUGCUCGCCAACAGAGACAAGGAGGAGAUGUCCCGGACUCUUCUGGCCAUGUCCAGCUCUCAGGACAGCUGCACCGCCAUGAGGAAGUCCGGCUGCGUCCCCCUGCUGGUCCAGAUCCUGCACGAGGCCCCGGGUGGUGGAGGUGGUGCUGGAGAGACCACGACGACAGGCAGCACGACGGGGGGCUGCAGCCGAGAGGCCAAAUCCAGAGCCAGCGCCGCCCUCCACAACAUCAUCUACUGCCAGCAGGACGAGGGCCAGGCCCGGCGGGAGAUGAGGGUCCUGCACAUGCUGGAGCAGGUCCGCACCUACUGCGACAGCGGCUGGGACUGGAUCGAGAGCCACGCCACCAUGCCUUCACCUGGAGGAACCAGAACCACCGAUAUUCCAGAACCUGUGGACCCUCAGAUCUGUCAGGCCAUGUGCGCCAUCAUGAAGCUUUCCUUCGAGGAGGAGUACCGACGAGCCAUGAACGAAUUAGGUGGCCUGCAGGUGGUGGCGGAUCUCACCCACCUGGACCACGACAUGUAUGGAAUGCAGAACGAUCCCAUCAACAUGGCGCUGAGACGUUAUUCAGGAAUGGCUCUGACCAACCUCACGUUUGGAGACGUCGUCAACAAGGCGACCCUGUGCUCGAAGAAGAGCUGCCUCCAGGCUCUGGUGGCCCAGCUGGCCUCAGACAGCGAGGAGCUUCAUCAGGUGGUCUCCAGCAUCCUGAGGAACCUGUCCUGGAGGGCCGACGUCAGCAGCAAGAGAGUCCUCCGGGACAUCGGAUGCGUGUCUGCGCUGAUGACCUGCGCCCUGCAGGCCACUAAGGAGUCGACCCUGAAGAGUCUCCUGAGCGCUCUGUGGAACCUGUCGGCUCACAGCGUGGAAAACAAGGUGGCCAUCUGCUCCGUGGACAGCGCUCUGGGAUUCCUGGUCAGUACGCUGACGUACCGGUGUCAGACCAACUCACUGGCCAUCAUCGAGAGCGGAGGGGGGAUCCUACGAAACGUGUCGAGUCUGGUCGCCACACGAGAAGACUACAGGCAAAUCCUCAGGGACCAUAACUGCCUCCAGACUCUGCUGCAGCACCUGCGCUCCCACAGCCUGACCAUCGUGAGCAACGCCUGCGGGACUCUCUGGAACCUUUCAGCUCGGAGUCCAAAAGACCAGGAGCUGCUGUGGGACCUUGGAGCAGUCAGCAUGUUGCGCAACCUUAUCCAUUCUAAGCACAAGAUGAUAGCCAUGGGCAGCGCUGCAGCUUUAAGGAAUCUCCUCACCAAUCGACCCCUGAAAUAUAAGGAUGCUGCAGUCGUAUCCCCUGGCUCCUGCAUGCCCUCACUCUACAUGAGGAAGCAGAAGGCUCUGGAGGCGGAGCUGGAUGCCAAACACCUGGCGGAGACCUUUGACACCCUUGAGAAACAGAGCCCCAAGCACCUGACCCUCAACAAGCCACUUCGGCACAUUGAGAGUCUGGUGAAGGAUUAUGCUUCUGAUUCUGGAUGUUUUGAUGAUGAUGAGGCUCCCAACGUCUCCAGCAGCCUGGACACUGGCAGCUUCUCUAUGCUGUCCAUGUUCCUCAGCAACUCUAACUUCCUGCAGAACCAGCCUCGUAAGAGGGACAACGAACCAGAGAGGGAUGUAGAAACACAUCCGCUGAUCGAGAAGAGACAUGCACCCUCUGACGAUGUGGUAUCAGCCGCUGCAGAGAAGCUAGCAAAAAAGAUCACCAACACAGUGGCCAAGAUCGACAGGUUAGUGGAGGACAUCACCAUGCAAACAUCCUCGGAGGAUAGUUUGAGCCUCAGCUCUGAGGAUCACCUGGCAGACUGGCCUUACGGACUAGAUGAUCUCAAUGAAGCUAAAUCUUGCUCCCCCUGCCGUAUGUCUGAUACGAGCAGCAUGGCUCACAGAGAACGUCUCAGCCGGGCCCACGCCCUACUGCGCCUCAAAACUGCCCACAAGAGUGUCUCCACAGACAGUCUAAACAGUGGCAGCACCAGUGAUGGCUACUGUGGCAGCAAAGACCAGAUGCGACCUGCUCCAAGAGCCCUUAUGGUUCAGAAGCGACCCAACCAGCUGGAUCUUAAGGUGGCUCAUCAAGAGUACCUGCAUUUUGGACCUGUUGUCCUGACUGAGACUAACCAGCAGGAUAUUCCGGAGCGAGAUUUUGUGGACAACAAAGAUGUGACGGUUCUAGAACUAAGCGACACAGAUUUAGAAAAGAACCAGGAUAAAGCCCUACAAACACCAGUCAGUGCAUCCACUAAAGUCUCCUCCGAUGUCAGCAUGACUUCAAUCAAACUGUCUCCAUCUUAUCAGCAGGUCCCUCUCAUUCAAAGUGUGGCCACGUUUGGUGUCGCAAAGACAGCGAUCAACGUCCAGGCUGCCCAAGCAAUGAGGAGGCAAGCAUGGGUACCUACGGUGAUGACCGGGGGGAGCAUUACUAAAUUCUCCCCGAUGGCAUCGAGCAGAAGCCCAACCAUCGCCACGAUGGAGACAGUCCAGAAGUACUCAGUAGAGAACACACCAAUCUGCUUCUCCCGCUGCAGCUCACUGUCCUCCCUCUCUUCUGGUGACGGGGCACUGGAUGGACAAAGUGAAAAUGAGCUGGAGAGCGACUCGUCUUUAGAAAUUAUUGAAGUGGAGGAUGGAGAAGUGUUGCAGAGAACUGAAGAGGAUGAAACCUUGGAGGAUCUGAGUGACAGCCAGCUGCUGAUGACUGACUCUAAAACCUUCCCAAGCAAAGAGACGGAGCCGAUUGAAAUCCCCCAUCCUAGUAAAAGGGAAAAGGUUUUCCUCAGAGGAGCUUCACCUGCUGCACUCGAUGACAGAUCUCCAUCUAGUUCAUCUGAGAACUACAUCCAUGAGACACCCUUGAUAAUGAGUCGCUGUAGCUCAGUCAGUUCCCUGGGCAGUUUUGACUCUCCCUCCAUAGACAGCUCAAUCCAAAGUGAUCCAUGCAGUGAGAUGAUUGAUGGGACAAUUAGUCCCAGCGAUCUCCCCGACAGUCCAGGGCAAACAAUGCCACCGAGCCGAAGUAAAACUCCAUGUUGUGUUGAGUCGAAUGGAGCAGAGACACAGACCUCAGGAAAUGCUGGCCAGUGGGAAAGUAGCCUGCGGAAGUUCAUGGAGAUCACAGACUCGAAGGAAAGGUUUAAUCUUCCUCCUGAUCUGGACACAAUGAUCUACUUCACGGUGGAAAAACCCACUGAGAACUUCUCUUGUGCCUCGAGCUUAAGUGCUCUGCCUCUCCAUGAACACUACAUACAGAAAGAAGUGGAGCUGAAGUUGACCCCCCUGCUCCAGCAAAACGACAAAAACCUUCCGUUUCCUGAUGAGGACGAGCACGGACUCGACCACGGGGAAAGAUACAGUGAGGGCAACUCAGACGAUGACAUCGAAAUCCUAAAGGAAUGCAUCAACUCAGCAAUGCCCUCCAAGUUCAGAAAAGUAAGACCUUCCCUGAUGACCACAAUCCCUUCUCAUAUUCUCAAUUCCCGAAAACAGAUUCAUCUUCCUGUGUACAUGAUGCUCCCGAAUGGCAAAACACAGAUGUGUCCUGGAAGGAGAAUUGUCAUCCCACAAAAGGACUUCAAAUUUGACGAUUCAUCCUUCACUGAUUCUGCAGAAGGUACACCUGUUAACUUCUCCAGCACAACAUCGCUAAGUGAUGAAACACUUCAGUAUCCAGUGAAAGAGAGGGGGGCUAAGGACUGCACAGCUAAAGGUAUGAACAAACAUGAAGUGCUCGACGAUGAGGACAAGAGGAUUGAAGACUUGAGGAUAUUCUCACACUUCCACAAACCCAACAGGAUGAAUUACCCACCUGAGAUCAAAAUGAACCGAGCCACCAAACAUGUGAUUCCCACCCAGAGGGUCCUGAUGCAGAGCAAAGAGGUGGCUGAUCGAGUGGCGAGCCAGAGAAAUCGUGAUCAUUCUCCAAACCAACAAAAGAAGAGGCAAGGUCAAGGCACCGUCAGGAAACUGGACCUGCCGGUCAUAAAGCAGAACUCAGAAGGGAACCUUAAUGUGGGAUCACAAAGAGGAAACACAAUAUAUCGACAGACCACGCAUUCUUCAGAGGACAGUAACAGCUUCUACGAGGACAAUAAUGAAAUUGAUGAAACAUUGAAGCGAACGAGUCGAAGACAGAUCAGGGAAGUGAGUAGAAACACUCUCUCCCGGAGUAUGACCAAUGUUGGCAGGCUCGAUAAUUCCCAAUCCAAGGCCAGAGGAUUUAACAGGAUUAAACAGAAUCUGAUGAAGGAUGAGUCUCUGGGAUGUUACUCACUCAGCUCCUCUCUUAGUUCACUGAGUGAUGCCGAGUUUGAGGAUCACAAAUCAAAAGCCCAACAAAUAUGGUACAAAAACAGACACAACAAAUCUUUGAAUUUGAUGCAACAAACAAAGUCGAUGACCAUUCACAGCCAGUAUGAAGAGCAAAGCUCACCAAGCUCCGUCAGCAUGGAUUCAGAGGAUGACCUCCUUCAGAAAUGCAUCACGUCUGCCAUGCCCAAGCAGAGGAGGAGGCUUGCUGCCAGGAGGAAGAAAGCUGAAAACACUCAGAAACAAAAAGCAUCUGAUCUCUGGAACAUGGACGAGGAAAUGGAUAGUGACGACACGGCAUGGGAUAGAGAUUCCGACCUCAACAGUGUUGAAUGGAGAGCCAUUCAGGAAGGUGCUAAUUGUGUUGUCAGUGGGCUGCAGGCCUCCAAGUCUCAAGAUCCAUCCUCUGAGGAGACGGAAUCAGUCCUGUCCUUCAUGUCAACCUCCAGCUUUACACCCAAAGAAAGGAAGUUUGCUAAAGACAAAAAGGUAAAUAAACCUUUAGACUUCGCACAACGCAAGCCAGUUGCAAACUUACCUGUGGUUUUCAGAGGCAGGACGGUGAUUUAUACACCAAAAAAAGAGACAUCUCCAUCACAAAUACCUCCGCCCAGAAAAGUUGCUCCUAAGAACCCAAAUCUUGCUCAACACAGAUCGAAGAGCCUUCACCGACUGGGCCGUCCCCAGGACAUAGAGCUGUCUUUGCCAAAGAGGAGCUCUACUCCACCUCCAAGGAUACCAAAAAGUUCAUCCUCUGGAUCGUCUCAAAGCUCUACAGCCUCCAAACAGAGUCAGAGGAAGAUAACAUCGCCGAUUCAGACAAAUAAACUCAUCCAGAAAAAGAACGCCACACCAGCUAGCAGUCCCCCUGAAAGGAAGGGACGAUCUCCUGUUGUGAAUCAAAAUGAAAGAUCACCACCACCUAAAACUCAGAAGUCACCUGUCCGAAUCCCUUUCAUGCAAACUUCAGGCAGACAACCCAGACCUCUGUCACCGCUAGUGACUGAUCAAACAACCACCAGACAAACCAGUCAGGUCAAUGGGAAAAGGGUUCUGCCCCCCAAUCGAUUUGACCUGGUCAGGAUGACUUCUGUCCACUCAAGUGGUGGCGAGACUGAUCGCAGUGGGUUCUUGAGACAGCUGACUUUCAUUAAGGAAUCAAAGACUGGUCUGAGACGUGAUGGAUCUGUCCGCAACAUGCCUGGAUCCCAGAAUGGAUCUCCCCGCAGAGCAGUUCCUGGAGCUUCAGCUGUCUUCCUUUGCUCAUCCCGCUGUCAGGAACUUAAGGCAGCUGUGCAAGGCCCAAGAAGGAUGCAGGUCAAAGGUCCAGGACAAGCACAGAUAGUCCACAGACCAGACUGUUGCCUUCAGAAGCAGUCUACAGCCCUCUGUAGAGCAACUUCUAGUGAAAGGGAUCUAUCAGGCCGACGUCAAGCCAGGAGGACCAGCUCAGAAAGCCCCUGCAGGGUGGCUCAGAGAACUGGGCCUGGCAGGGUGUCCGGAGUCAGGCGUCAACAAGACAAAGAUACCUUUAAACGUCACGCAUCAUCACCAAGCAUUAACAUACUGAGCCGGGUGACCAGCCGUUCUUCCCUCCGCUCUUCGUCUUCUGAUUCAAGUGGAAGAGCGAAGAGCGAGGAUGAUACAAAGAAGAAAGGGCAGCGAUCCUCGUCUCGGCUGAACGACAGAGUGACCUGGAGGAGAAUCAGGGAUGAAGAUGUACCUCAGAUCUUGAAAAGCACCCUGCCAGCUAAUGCAUUACCUCUGGUGCCUUCUCCUGACGGGGAAAAGCCAAAGCUGCCAGCGCUUCCAGGAAAACUGCCAACCAUUCUCCUUGCAUCUCGCAAGACAAGUGACGCAACCGUCCAGACAGAAGAUUUUACCAAUAACAAGACCAACUCGAGCACCUCUCCGACGGUCCAAACUGCGCCAGAAGUGGCACAACUCGCCCUUUUCAGGAAGAUCGGUUCAGCCCCAGGCAGUUACCUCCAGGACGGUGAGGCAGACGGCUCCCUGAGGGGCCACAGCACCAGAUCUACAGGAACAUCAGACAGCCACGUGGGCGGAGUUGUUCAUUUCCGCCACGGUUCCCCUAGCAAGGCUGUCCGAGUCACCCCGUUCAACUACACCCCCAGCCCCCAGGCCUGCUGCCUGCAGGACGCAAAGAGCCAAGCUGCCACCAUCAACGAGAAGUCCGGGGAGAAGAGUGAGUCGUAAGACGUUUAGUGAAUUACAGGACGACUGCACUGUGUUCCUGAUUCAAACUCUCAAACACUCAGGUGGACAGAUGAGGAGUGCGCUGGUCCCUAUACCUCGGACAUUGACCCUUUAUUUUCCCCAUUCACUCCAUUCAAGUUUGAUCAUAGCUUCCAUUCGAACCGGGUUGGAUGUUUGCAUCAAGACAGGUCGGACAUGAACGGACCCACAAUAACUUUUAGAGAUGCACUUCAGAGAAAAGGCUCCCCUGAGUAGGAAGUGCAUCUUUUUGUACUUUUUUGUAUUUGUAGAAUAUUCAUUGCCUGGUAGAAGUGUAGUGAAAACAAAAAGCAAAAGACAAUGAACUUGAUUUCAGCACAUGAGUCACCAUCGGUCUCCAGGACAGAAUCGUUAACAAGAACAAUAUUAUGCAAACGUUAGAGUGAAAGCUCAGCUUGACUUUCACAAGGGACACAAACACACCGACAUGUAAAGUAUUUUUUACAUCUACGCCUCAUCACUCGAAAUGAGACACUGCUAACAUCUCCAGAGUCCAACUGGGUCAGAGGGGAGAUUUGUGAUUGAACAUUCUUUCAACUUAUUUGCAUUAUUACUUUGAAAUUAACCAGUUUUCUUUGGUACUUGGGUUGAUGUGUUUUCACUUGCACACGAUAACAGAAUAAAAACUGUUUACUACUAUUGAAAUGUAGAAGUAGCUCAAAACCUUCACGAAGCUACAGGUAGAUGCACAAGCAGGACGGAAGAAGAACUUGGUUAAGAACAAACUAGUAUCUCCAGGGGAGCU